AUAAAACAUAUUUUUUAUCGAAAAUAUAUCAGUAUCACUUGUUUGCUUAUUAUUUACAUAUAUGGUAUUCACUUAUUUAAAACGAGAACCCUAGCCCUAGCAAAACCGGGCCGGGCUGGGCCGGGCUUCACUGCUUUACAAGAGCCAGCUUAGUGAACCUAAUAAUUCUGCUCCUGUCCUCCUUAUCCUGAUCAGUCCUCGGUCGGCUUUUCCUCUCUCUCUCUCUCUCUCUCAUAAAACAGAGACCUUUAAUGCGUCGUGAUCUCUCCCCUCCAAUCCCGACAAAGUACACACACCAUCGUCUCCCCCUCCUGCCUCGAUGCUAGCUCUCCCAUUCCCAUCUCUCCACUCUCCCUCCUAUCAUAUGCUCCUCCCUUCUCCACUCUUCUUCUCAAAUCCUCUCUCUUCCUCUUCGUCCUCCUCCUCUUGCAACCAAAAAACACCAUAAAAUAGUAAUCCCAAUCCACAAGCUCACCUCUCUCUUGCACACACACACACCUGACACAACACUUACACAUCAUACCAGAAGAAAAACCAAUUCGAUUUUGCCAAAUUACCUAGCUAUAGCAUAUAGGUAGGUAGCUAGGUAGCUUGGUUUUCCCUAAUAGCUCUAGCUUGAUCUCUUUCUAGCUCUACCGGCGGCGUGGCGGCGGCGGCGGCGGCCGCACCACUCUACAUCAUCACGUACACCUGACCAGCUUAGCGGGAAGCCCCACAAGAAGAGUUUGUAGGUCACCAAUCAGAUCAUCAGUUCAUCUUUGUGGUUGUGUGGGUGUGUGUGUAUAUAUAUACCAUGGCGUGAGAGUAGCCAUGGAUGUCACCGGAGACGGCGGAGGAGGAGGGCAACGGCCCAAUUUCCCCCUGCAGCUCCUCGGGAAGAAGGAGGAGCAGACGUGCUCGACGUCGCAGACUGCCGGGGCGGGCGGCGGCGGCGUCGUGGGCGCGAAUGGGUCGGCGGCGGCGGCGCCGCCGAAGCGGACGUCGACGAAGGACCGGCACACGAAGGUGGACGGGCGGGGGCGGCGCAUCCGGAUGCCGGCGAUCUGCGCCGCGCGGGUGUUCCAGCUGACGCGGGAGCUCGGGCACAAGACCGACGGCGAGACCAUCGAGUGGCUGCUGCAGCAGGCGGAGCCGGCGGUGAUCGCGGCGACCGGGACGGGCACCAUCCCGGCCAACUUCACCUCCCUCAACAUCUCCCUCCGCUCCUCCGGCUCGUCGCUCUCCAUCCCUUCUCACCUCCGCCUUGCCGGCUUGGCUGGCCCUCGCUUCGGCGGCGGCGCGCGGGCGGCGGACGCGUGGGACCGCGUCGUCGGCCUCGGGUUCGGCGGUGCGGCCGACGCCCCGUCCUCCGCCACCUCCUCCUCCUCGUCGCCGCUUCUGCUGAGCUUCCACUCCGGUAGCGUCGGCCUUGACGUGUCGCCGCCGUCGGCGUCGACCUCCCCGGCCGCCGCCGACCUCUCCCGGAAGCGGCGGUGGGAGCAAGAAAUGCAGCAGCAGCAGCAGUACCAGCAGCAGAUGGCCGGGUACACGCAGAGCCAAAUUCCUGCGGGCACGGUGUGGAUGGUGCCGAGCAGCAACGCGCAGGCCGCCGGUGGCGGCGCUCCGCCGGGAGGCGGCGGCGAGUCGAUUUGGACGUUCCCGCAGUCAGGGAGCGGCGGCGGCGGCGGCGCGGCGACAGUGUACCGUGGCGUGCCAAGCGGACUACAUUUCAUGAACUUCCCGGCGACACCAAUGGCGCUGCUCCCCGGCGGGCAGCAGCUCGGCCUCGCCGGCGCCGGCGGGGGUGGCGAGGGGCACCCGGGGAUCCUCGCCGCGCUCAAUGCCUACCGCGCACAGGCCGCGCAGCCGGACGCCGGCGCGGCGGCGCAGAAUGGAGCGCAAGGCUCAAGUCAGCAUCGUCAGCAUCAGCAUCACGGCGGCGGCGGCGGCGGCGGCGACGAGCGGCAUGAGAGCAUGAGCGCCAGCGACUCGUAGGGCUUCCGUUCCGUCCGGUGUGUGCCCCGCAUUUUCUCUGGUUUUGAUCUGUUCUUCUUUAAUUUUCUCCGUUUUUGUUUGAGUUGUUGUCUACUAAUGUCUAUGGCUUUCUUCCUCGACCCAUCAUAUAUUCAUGCAAGGAUCAUACAGUUGCAUUCCAUGCCAUCUGCAUAAAAAUAUCUUAUUGUGUGCUCUUAA